GGAGUGACCUCGCUCGCCCGACAGAGCAACGGCUCUCGACCCCUAGCCCGAAGGCAGCCUCCGCUCCCAGGGCCCAAAGCCCUGAUUGUGCUCAGUCCCCACCUCCCAGAGGGGCAGAAGACCACCUUCGUCCCCCAGACGGGCUGCUUUUCGGCGGCGGAGGGGCCCGAAGGGCGGGAGAAGAGGCGGCGAUGGCGCUGUGGCCGGUGGUGCUCGGUGCGCUGGUCCUGGGGCUCCUCGGGGCCCUUCACCUCCUGGGGGUCUUCCGCCGACGCCGGCCCGGUGAGCCGCCCCUGGACCGGGGCCUGGUGCCCUGGCUGGGCCACAUUUUCGACUUCCGGCACGACUCGGCCUCCUUCUUGAGCCGGAUGGAGCGGCGGCACGGCGACAUCUUCACGGUGCUCCUCGGCGGCAACUACUUCACCUUCGUCUUGGACCCGCUCUCCUACGGAGCCGUGGUCAAGGAGGCCCGCAGCCGGCUGGACUUUGACCUCUACGCCCGGGAGCUGGUCUUCCAGGUCUUCGGCUACCGAGGCCCCCGGGAGGACCACGGCAUCAUCGUUAACGCCAGCGUCAAGCACCUCAUGGGCCAGGGGCUGGGGCACAUGACGCAGGCCAUGAUGGAGAACCUGGCCAAGGUCCUGCCCAGGCUGGAAGGCCCCGGUGCGGCCGGCUGGCGGCAUGACGAGCUGUUCCAUUUCAGCUACAGCCUGGUCUUCCACGCCGGCUACCUGACCCUGUUCGGCUGCAAGGAGGAGGCCGGCAGCGGGCCCCUCCUGGAUAACAUCUUCUGGGAGUUUCGCCAGUAUGACCGCCUCUUCCCCCGGCUCGCCUACUCCGUCCUAAGCCCGUGGGAGAAGACCAAGGUCGAGCAGCUCAAGCGCCACUUCUGGGACCGGCUGUCGUGCCGGAAGAUGGGCCAGUGGGCCAAGAUGAGCCCCUGGAUAGUGGACCAGCAGCGCUCUCUGGACGAGCAGGGCACACCCCAGAGCAUGCUGGACCGUUUCAACUUCAUGAUGCUCUGGGCCUCUCAGGGCAACACAGGCCCGGCCUCCUUCUGGGCCCUCUUCUUCCUCCUCAAGCACCCGGAGGCGCUUCGGGCCGUGCGGGCCGAGGUGGACGGCAUGCUCCGCGAGGCAGGCUGGCGGGGCGGCAGUUCCCUGUGCCAGGUGACCUACGACAUGCUGCAGCGGACCCCCGUGCUGGACAGCGUCAUGGAGGAGACCCUGCGCCUGACCGCCGGGCCCAUCCUCAUCCGCUCCAUCCUGCAGGACAUGACCCUGGACAUGGCCGACGGACGACGCUUUGCCCUCCGCCGGGGCGACCGCCUGGCGCUCUUCCCCCACCUGGCUGUGCACCUGGACCCGGAGAUCCACCCCGAACCCCACGCCUUCAAGUACGACCGCUUCCUGGGCGCCAACGGCAGCCGCAAGGUGGAUUUCUUCAAGAACAGCAAGCGGGUCAAGUACUACAGCAUGCCCUGGGGGGCCGGCGUGUCCAUAUGCCCCGGGCGCUUCUUCGCCACCAACGAGAUGAAGCUGUUCACCUUCCUCAUGGUGGCCCACUUCGACUUGGAGCUGGAGCAGCCCGAGGCCGAGAUCCCCCCCUUCGACAAGAGCCGCUGGGGCUUCGGCAUCAUGCAGCCCACCGCCGACGUGCCCUUCCGCUACCGGCCACGCUUCUAGCCGAGGAGACCUCUGCCCUCCGGGACCUUGGUGAGAGAGAGGGACCCGGCGGGAGAGGCAAGGGUAGGGCAAAAGGAGAGUGGGCCGUGUCGUAGGCGUCCCAGCCUGCCCUCCACCCAUGAGCAUUCCCCAGGCUUCCUCCCUCCAUUACCCAGGGUCGGUCACUGGAUGCUGGCUCAAGUGGGGACAGUGGGUUGGACUACAUGACCUCUGGCUGCCUUCCGGGUAGCAGAGCCUCUGUUUCUCCUCCCUUCUCACCUACUCCCCAUCCUCCUCCUCCUUCCGGGGGGUGGUAUUCCCUGAGCUCCUACUGUGUGCGGAGCCCUGGGCUGUGGGCCUGGGGUCCCCAAAAAACACACCACACACACACACCAGCGGGGAGUGAGCUGAAAUUCCUACCUUCAAGAAGCUUCCCGCCCAGCAGGAGCGGCCUGCCUACAGUCUGCUUAAGCGUUUAUGGGGUAGUGUAAUGGUUCCGCAUCCAUGCUGCUUUUUUCCCCCACUCUCAGUUAUGAAUGAAUGCACAAGUAACAGUCUC